AGGAAGUUCUACUUGUAUGACAAUCUUCGGCCAUAUUUUGUCAGGACAAAUUAUUUCACAGUUAAAAGUUUAGAAGGUUUGCUAGUAAUACAAGUAAACAGAACAUCUAUUGGUUUCACAGGUUUCUUUGUAGGGUAUUAUAAACAGUACUGUGAACUUCUAAUAAAGGUGUGACCAUGUCAGCUGGGCCUUACAACUAUUCCUAUAUCUUCAAAUACAUUAUUAUAGGCGAUAUGGGAGUGGGCAAAUCAUGCUUGCUUCAUCAAUUUACAGAAAAAAAGUUCAUGGCUGAUUGUCCUCACACAAUUGGAGUUGAAUUUGGCACGAGGAUAAUUGAAGUUUCAGGACAGAAAAUCAAACUGCAGAUCUGGGAUACAGCAGGACAGGAACGUUUCAGGGCUGUAACUAGGUCAUAUUACCGUGGAGCAGCUGGAGCUCUUAUGGUGUAUGAUAUUACUCGACGCUCUACUUAUAAUCACCUAAGUAGUUGGCUUACUGACACAAGGAACCUCACGAACCCAAGUACUGUGAUAUUCUUGAUUGGAAACAAGUGUGAUUUAGAUGCACAGCGAGAUGUUACAUAUGAAGAAGCUAAACAAUUUGCUGAUGAAAAUGGCCUCAUGUUUGUAGAAGCCAGUGCAAAGACAGGAGAGAAUGUUGAAGAGGCUUUCCUGGAGACGGCUAAGAAGAUUUACCAGAGUAUUCAGGAUGGCAGGUUGGACUUGAAUGCGGCUGAGUCAGGUGUCCAGCAUAAACCUUCACAACCUGGCCGAAAUACUCUGGUCAAUGACCAGCAGGUUAACAAAGACACUUGUGCCUGCUAGGUAGGUAGGAUUCAUCAAUGAAGAGGUGCUGCAUCACUGUCAUACGUGGAUAUCUGCAGUUUGCUUCUGCACCACCAGUGAGUGAUCAGUUACAAGUAUAACGUUCUUUGUGAUACGACUAACGUCCUAUUUGUCGGUUUUGUAACCGAUUGUUUGGACAAGAUAUAAUGUCUCUUAUGCAUGGAGGCAUAUUUCAACAAUUCCAACGCGGGUCGGUUUGCACACUCUCACUAGGCACCUUGCUUCUUGUAUCUGCGAUGGGUGACACAUGUUCUCUGAACUAGCAAACAAAAAAAGGGGGGGGUGAAUGAACAUGGCUUAAAGAGAAUUCUGAUCAUCAGCACAUUGUGUUUUCUUUUCUUUGCCAAUUAAAAGUUUCUGCUGGCAGGACUGGGGGCUUGUCAGUAAGGCUUUGCACUAUAUUUUACAACCACUGCAAAUUUAAGCAAAUUGUAGACUGGUCAUUUUAGUUUAAAUUGCUUUUGUACUGAUUCAGUGUAGAUGACAAAAUUUUUGACCGUACUUUCAUGUUGUCUCAAGUUAUGUUAAGUGUUGUUACACUAAAUAAUAUACUGUCUUGUACAUGGCUGUUGUUCAGUUUUUCAGUGGGUGAGGUUUCUAGUUAUCAGAAGGUACUUGCUGCUGCAGUGUCAGAUUGAACAUUCUGAAUAUGGUACUCAAGACAGGAUACUUUGGCAUUAGAUAAUAAUAUAACACAAUCUUUUAUCUGUAUUACUCUGUCUUGUAAACCAUAAAAUAGGCUACCACAAGUACUCAUUUAUAAAAUACUAAUUUAUAGUAAAAGAAAAAUGUGUUUUACAUGCGUAAUAAGUCUAGACAGUUUGUACUUCAUGUGGUUUGUGUAGGGGUUAUAUUACAUAACAGGUCAUGGCGUAAUCACCUCUUAUGCAUGAUAUUUUCUUGUCUGUAACUCCUUAGGUCACAAGAUGUACAGUCAUAAUUCUGUUGUAAGUGUGAGCAAAUCCCUUUCAGGUUGAUUUACUUAAUUGGAAAUGAAAAUGUUGAUUGAGUUCAGUGUUUCAUACAGUAACCAGCUCUUGAAUGCAUAUUUUUGACUUUGUCUUUCUUUUCUGCAUUUUUUAAUCGAGAUGAAAUAGAUGACUUAUGUCUCAUCUUUCCUUCAAGCACUGCAUUACAUUUUCCCUAGAAUAUUCUAUACAUCAUUGAAGUAGCUGAAUAAUGUGCAGUAAUGUAUGAGGUGUGUGUAUGCGUGUGUACAUGUGGCUGUGGCUGUAUGCAAUUAGGAUCUAAAACUUGUAAUCUAUAAGAUGUGACCAAACCUUAUGAAAGCCAUGUAUAUUCACUAUGUUAUAUAAAAAAAAACUGUGUCAUGCUGCUAAUAUUCCACGUAAUGAGAUAGAUAGAGCUCAUUAGUUCAAGGACUUUUAUGUUAUUGCUGUAAAAUAUCUACCAGAUGGAAUACCUUAAAAUAAUAGUACUUGUCAGUGUACCUAAGAACUUGGAAUUGACUAUUUUAUUAUCUAAACCAUGUUUAUCACCCUGCAUUUUAAACAAAGUUUAAUGAAACAUUCUUUUUUGAAAUAUAAUUAAAAUAUUUGGCAGGCAUAAAAUAUUGUAUGUAUGUACGAUCUUUGUAACAUAUAUUAUUAAAUAAUUCAAAUAGUCCCUGAAGAACCACAUUAAAGGAUGAUUAUUGAGGUUGAAGUUCAUAGUAUAAUAGUAUUAAAUGAUAUCUUGUGUUAUAUAAAAACUGGAAUGUUUGUAAAAUAACUGAAUUUCUGUCAGUACCAAUUAACUGUAAAGAUCAUGCAUUUACCUGUAGAGUGUUGGCUUAUGCCUGUGAAGUAGAAUAAUGUUGACCCACAGUGGCAGUGAGCUCCUGCUCAGUGUAAUUGAGCUUUUUUUUCAGCUGCCUUCAUCUUGGUUAUAUUAAUGAAUGUACAGUUUUUGAAUGUUUAUGUUUGUGAAGGGAAUCUCAUUAUCAGUUUCUGUUUAGAUUGUGCACUUUUUUUGAAGGGGUACAUUUUAAUGGGAAUGCAAAAGUGUUCAGAAAAAACUGCAUCUGAUUUGACUAUUCUAUCUAUUAUUAUUAUUAUUAUUAUUGUAAGUCAUAUAUAAAUUAUUAAGUAGACUGGCUCUAAAAUGUCCCAUUCACUGCUACAAUCAAGGAUGGAGAUUUUUUAUAAAGGGCAUGGUGGAAAAUUAUUCCAGUUUGGCCUUCCAUUUUGCCUUAGGUAUCUGUGGUUCACAAAUGGGGAAGUAGAAUAUGGAGAGUAAUUCAUUUAGUAGGACUAGUGAAUUAUCAUGUAACACUCUUAGCUCCUGUAACAAAAUUUGCUGUAGUCCCAUGUUGUAGCGUAUGUGCUGGUCACUUUGUCCCACCCAACCCUUCCUCCUCCUAAAGAAACUGUAUCACUCUGAAUAAAAUGACAUUCCGAUAAAUUGAUAAAUGUAA